CUCUCGUCACCCGAGCCGGAGGAGCUCUUUCGCAAGUUUGCACGAAACGCUGGAAUCCCGCCCUGUCGCCGUCUUUUCCAUUGUUCAUUCUAUCCCCACGCCCCCAGAACUUGUCCAGAGGACGUCCGUCUCCAUGUAGAGGCCUGCUGGCGCUGGCGUUUUCCAUCCGGUAUCAGCAUGAAUAGCCAGAAUCUUCAUGGCGGCAGUGGCCCUGCGGGAUACGAUCGAGAUCGCGAGAUGGACGAGCAACGACACCGGGCCAUCCAGCAGCAUGAGGAGAUGGCACGGCGAGAUCAAGAACGAGAACGAGAACGGGAGCGCGAACGCGAGCGCGACCGAGAUCGGGAAUCCGGCGAUCGCUACCAAUCGACGCCUCAUCACAGCACCGCGGGCUCCAUCCCCAUCCACCAGCCGGUAGCCUCCCGCAUUUCCGGCGCGAUCCAUAGCCCAGGCGGAUUACUGGCAAACCACAACGGCAACGCACCCCCGAUCCCUCUCGGCGCGCCGCCCGGAGGUCCUUUGGCCAACUUUGGCGGGCCGUUGCAGAACGAGCACAACCGCCCGAUCCAACACGGUGGACAAAACAACGCGAACCCGCAGCAUCAGAUGUUUGCGCCGAUGCCGCACACAACUGCUCCUCCGGCCUCUUCGCAAGCCGUGACGAGCAGCGUAGCAGCAGUAUUUGGCGGCCCGCUGCAACAACAAGAUGGCCAGCGUGGGGCUCAGCAGGGCGCGCCUUUCCCCCCAGCAGGCUCUGCUGCUCAUCAGAUCCCCGGUGGCAUCACCCAGGGGCAGCAGCCGAUUCUUAAUGAUGCCCUCACAUACCUCGAUCAAGUCAAAGUUCAAUUCCACGACCAGCCCGAUGUCUAUAACCGGUUCCUUGAUAUUAUGAAGGACUUCAAGAGUCAAGCAAUCGACACGCCUGGAGUUAUUAACCGCGUUUCGGAGCUUUUCGCGGGUCACCCGAACCUGAUCCAAGGAUUUAACACCUUCCUGCCUCCGGGCUAUCGGAUCGAGUGCGGUGCCGGCAAUGACCCCAACACAAUCAGGGUUACAACUCCUAUGGGGACCACGGUCCAGUCGAUUACUGGUCGCGGAAACCAGCCUGAUGGCCAUGGACCCGCGGGGGGCAACCAAUCCCUCUUCCAGGAACGCGGUGGACAGUGGCAGCAACAAAGGCCUCAACACAGCAUCGAGAGCCCAGAGGCUACAUUCAGCACCCCCGUGCAAAACGGGGCCAGCCUAUUUGUCCAGGCUGCUGCGCAAAACGCUGCCUUUGAGAGCGCAAACUCGCAGCGUAGUCGUGCUCAAGGCACUGCCGGCCCUGGUGAUACACCCAACACCCGCCAUGCUUUGACCCCUACCCCCCAAGGACAACCAGCAGUAAACGGCAACGCGGCUAACCAAGCAAACAUGGAACGCCGCGGACCCGUGGAGUUUAACCAUGCUAUCAGCUACGUGAAUAAGAUCAAGAACCGAUUUCAGGACAAGCCUGAGAUAUACAAACAGUUCCUUGAGAUCCUUCAGACAUAUCAGAGGGAACAGAAGCCCAUCCAGGACGUUUACGCUCAGGUUACGACUCUGUUUAACUCCGCCCCUGACUUACUGGAAGACUUCAAGCAAUUCUUGCCGGAAACCGCUGGCCAGGCUAAGGCGACUCCCGGCCGGAUGGAAGAUGGCACGCCCACGGGCCCCAGUCACACUCCCCAGCCUGGAAUGAGAGACGGGCAAAAGUUGCCCCCUCUUGGAAGCUUUGCGCCUCCAGCAAGUGCAAGCAAGGACCAGAAGAAGCGACCACGUGCCGAUAAGCAGGCCGCCAACGCAGGAGCUCUCCUUGCCGAAGCAGCAGCGAGCUCUCGAAUCGCUCCUCCCAGCGUGAAUGGCAGCAAGAGACCCAAGAUCAACCAUGUCGCUCGACCCCCAGGCGACAACUCUGCGGUUGAGCCAACGCUAACUCCCGUGAUGCCUGAGCCGUACCCAGCGCGAUCAUCGUCCACCUCUAACCAGGAUGAGAUCGCAUUUUUCGAGCGCGUCAAGAAGUUCCUUAGCAACCGAUCUUCGAUGAAUGAGUUCUUGAAGCUAUGCAACCUGUUCAGCCAGAACAUUAUCGACAGGAAUACCCUCUUCCACAAAGGUGCCCUCUUCAUCGGCGCUAACCCUGACUUGAUGAGCUUCUGGAGGACUUUUGUCGGAGUUGAGACACAGGAUGUGGUCAUCGACAACCGCCCGGCACCUCCAACUGAAAAGGUUUCGCUGAGCAACUGCCGGGGAUACGGCCCAAGUUACAGACUUCUCCCCAAGAGGGAACGUCUCAAGCCUUGCAGUGGUCGUGAUGAGCUCUGUAACUCGGUAUUGAACGACGAGUGGGCCUCGCAUCCUACUUGGGCAUCUGAGGACUCUGGAUUUGUCGCCCACCGCAAGAAUCAGUUUGAGGAGGGCCUUCACCGCAUCGAGGAAGAACGCCACGACUAUGACUUCAACAUCGAGGCCAACCUGAAGUGCAUCCAGCUUCUGGAGCCCAUCGCACAACAGAUGCUUGCCAUGUCUCCAUCCGAGAGGGAGGCAUUCCAGAUGCCUGCUGCACUUGCCGGACAGAGCACCUCGAUCUUCAAGCGUAUCUGCAAGAAGAUUUACGGCGAUAGGGGCAUUGAUGUUGUCAACGACAUGUUUACCCAUCCCUUCGAUGUCGUGCCAGUUCUCCUGGCCCGGAUGAAGCAGAAAGACGAGGAGUGGCGAUUUUCUCAGCGUGAGUGGGAGAAAGUCUGGCAUGCCCAGACUGACAAUAUGCAUCUCAAGAGUCUGGACCACAUGGGUAUCCUUGUCAAGCAGAAUGACAAGAGGAACCUGACUGCCAAGCACCUUGUUGAUGUCAUCAAGACGAAACAUGAGGAACAGCGCCGAGAGCGAGCUCUUAAGGGCAGGGCGCCUCGACACCAGUUCGUUUGGGAUUUUGCGGACAAGGAUACAGUUAUUGAUCUUCUCCGCCUGAUGAUGUUGUACAGCUUGCAUAGCGGUCAGCACAGCAGUCAAGAAAAGGAGCGUAUCCUCGACUUCUUCGAGAUGUUCAUUCCUGCUUUCUUCGACAUCCCUGACGAGCACAUCCAAGACAAGCUCCCCAAGAUUCAGCCCGAGUCUGGCGAGGAGGAGAUGGAAGACCAUACACCCGCUGAGCUCACCAACGGCCGUAGCCGCCGCAACGGCAAGAAAGGAGAUCUGCUUAGGGGAGUUCUUGAUCCUGGCCGCAACGGUAGCAAGACGCGAGGCCAGAAGGAGGACAGUGCAGCAUCUGGAAGCAAGGAGACCACUCCUGAUGUUACAUCGGCGAAUGAAGAGGAGAUGCCCGACGCAUCCGAGGACGCUGCGGCGCACGACAUGUCCAACGAGCGGUGGAUGCCUAGUAUUCCCAAGCCGGUGGUUGUUGGCCAGAGCGACGCCCUGCUCAAUGCGGAUGGUGAGCUGAAGGCUGACGGGUUCUUCACUCGACCGUGGUACAACUUCUUCUGCAACCAGACGCUGUUUGUCUUCUUUAGCAUCUUCCAAACUCUGUACCAGCGUUUGCAAGAUCUCAAGGACAGCAAGGAGACUGUUGCUAAGGAGGUCGUGCGCCUCAACAACGAGAAGCCAGCUCGGGACAUUGGCUUCACCGAGAACCAUAUGAAGUUCUUUGACCUUAGCGACGACCCCGAGACUUACUGGCCCAAGACACUCGAGCUCAUUGAGGAGUAUAUUACCGGUGACGUGGACGAGAACCGGUACCAGGAUGUUAUGCGUCACUACUACCUCAAGACCGGAUGGAAGGUGUACACGAUCCAGGACCUGCUCAAGACGCUCUGCCGAUUGGCCCUCACCUGCAGCAGCACCGAUGCGAAGGAGAAGACACCCGAUCUGAUCCAGCAGUACCUCACCAGUCGCGACAAGGAGGAGACGAGCUACCAGACCGAGAUUAGCGCCAGGAAGUUCGCCGAGAAGUGUGUAAAGGAUGGCGACAUUUUCGUCGUUUGUUGGUUCCCUGGCAAGUCAGAGGCUACGGUUCGAUGGCUGCAGCGAGAGGAGACGACGUUCUACAUGGACGAAAUGCAGCUCCGCGAACGUUGGCAGUACUACAUUUCAUCCUUCAUCCGCGUGGAGCCUACGGAAGGAGUCCCACGAUCCAAGCUCCAGAAAUCGGUGCUAACGCGCAACUUGCCCUCUGGUGACGCCGACUCGGACGACGACAGCACGCCCAAACCCGUCUCGUACAAGGAGAACCUGACCAUUAGCAUCUGCCUUAAGAGCUCCAAGAUGGUCUGGGCCCCCGGUACUUCAGAAUACGUCGUUUACGGCCAGGCACCUAAGACGCGCGAUCAGCGCGAACGCCGCGAGAAGUUCAUCCGCGCCCUCACAAACUACCGAGAGAGCAAGCUCCUCGAGAAGUGGGUGCACAACCCUUCGUGGACAAAGGAUCUCAGCCCCGAGGAGGUUCAGGAUCAGAACAAGAACUUCCGCCGUUGGAUGGACGAGGGCAUUGUGCCUCCAGGCGCUGCCGAAGAGGACGCGGAGAUGAACUAGACGGGAAACCUGCUCGCUGCCCUCUCUCUACGGAGAGAUAAAAGAGGCAAAAGGGAUGGAGGAGGAGCGGGAUGAUGAUGUUGUUUCAGGUACUCUGCGGAAAUGGGAAACAAACUUGGCUCACCCGGCUUGUGGAUUUGCACCGCACCGGAGUAGGGACCGGAUUAUGGCCGGGGGAAUCUCACCAGCGCUUGUUUUUGUGUGUCGCGGUUUUGUUUUCUAAUUCGUUUUAUUAUUAUUGCGCUCCUUUGUUUCCCUGUCUAUUGAAAGGCGUGGAAGCUGGAUUUGCGGAGACUCUGCUCUUUCUCUCUGCGUUGUAGGAGGAGGCGAUCCAGGUAUUGCGAGUCUCCACCAAAAAAGGAGGGGAGGGGGUCCGGGUGAAUAUGAGAAGAGGACAUUUUCCUCUCUCGCUUGUACUCUAGAUUAUAUAGCCCUUGCACGUCCGUCCAUAUCUUAUAAAGUGGCUAUUCCUA